UCAGAAGAAGAAAUGAUGCUGUUGAUUAAAAACAGUACAGUAGUCUCUAAGGCUCCAGGUUUAAGAUGAACACAUGGAGUUCCUGAAGAGACCCGCUGUGCUGGAGGAUGCUGUUCAGUACCGGCUCUUUGUGCUCCAUCCGGAUCUUCUGGAUGCUCAGGAGAAGCAGCGGCUCCUGGAGGAUGUCCUGGCCGAGGUCGCUGCUCUGUUAGUGGGCUACAUUUGGCAGAAGCAGCCGUUUAAUCUCAGCUUUCAUCCGGAGAAAGGGGGCGUCCCGGCUCACCUGAGCGGCAGCACGGAAUUCGGCGACAACGUCGAAGACGAAUGGUUCAUCGUUUAUCUGCUCAAAUGCAUCACACGCAAGUUCAGCGAGCUGGCUGCCAGCAUCCAGGACAACGAUGGACAGUUCCUCCUGAUCGAGGCAGCUGAGUACCUGCCCAAGUGGCUCGACCCCGACAGCAGCGAAAACAGGGUGUUCCUGUACCAUGGAGAGCUGCACAUUUUACCCGAUCGCGUCCGUGCUGGAGACGCAGGAUGGCCUCGGGACUCGGUGCCGUCAGUACGAGAGGCUCUGGAGGUGCUGCACACACACGGCGAGCGCUGCAUGGCUGAUCGGCGCAUCCGAGCUGCAAUAGAGCAUCGACUGCAGGGGUACCCAGGUAAAAUCCAGGCCAGCCUCCAUCAUGCACAUUGUUACGUACCUGCAGGUGUUGCUGCAGUGUUGUCACGGCGACCUGACCUCGUGGCUCCAGCCGUUUCCGCGUUUUACCUGCGUGACCCGAUUGACCUUCAGGCCUGCAGAACUUUCCAGAAUUUUCCCCCUGAAUCCAGAGUCCUCACACUGGUGACGUUCACUCGUUGUCUUUACGCUCAGCUGCAGCAGCAGACUUUUGUUCCUGACAGGAGGAGUGGAUUUGCUCUGCCGCCUCCAUCACACCCUCAGUACAAAGCCCACGAACUCGGCAUGAAACUGGCACACGGUUUUGAGAUCCUGUGCAGUAAAAGCGGGCGCGCAGCGACCAACCCUGAGGCUCCCGUGAACGCUCAUCCGCUCUGGAGAGGUUUCCUGGACAGCCUGAAGAGGAACCAUUACUUUAAGGGGGAACUCGAGGGCUCGGUGCGCUACCGGGAGCUCAUGAGGACAGCUGAGAGUUUCUUUAAGCAGUCGCUCUGCAGCGCACCGAGUUGCGCGCAUGGUCCAGGUGAGGUGGUGUUACAGGUCUUAGAAAGCGCCCCCUACAGUCUGGAGGACCUGAGGGCACAAGAAGCUCACCUUCCACCAGAGGACAGUGACGACUGGUUAAACAUCACCCCAGAUGAGCUAGAGAGGUUGUUAGAGGAAAGAGGGGGUCAGAGGUCAAGUAAGGAUCGAGGAGUCACGUGCAGAGCAGGAAGCGGCGAGGAUGAGGAGAAGCAGCAGGAGGAAGAGGCCGGAUACACUCUAGUGGCCGUGACUCGGGGGAUGAAGGACUUUAUAAACGCCAUGUCCUCACACGAAGGAGCAGAAUUCCCACGGUCGUGUUUGUCAGAGCCGUUCAGUUUUGACCCUGAUACAGUGACUGGUGCUCUGGACAGACUGCUUGGUGGUCAAGAUGAGCAGCUGGACUCUGAUGAUUUUGAUGAUGAUGAUGAUGAUGAUGAUGAAGGAUGUGAAGAACAGACAGGACCAGAGACGUUGGACGAUAUGAGGAGAUACAUGGACGAGAUGGACCAGGAGCUUCAAACCACGAACGUUGGACAGAGUUUCACGUACAAAAGCAAACAGGGCGGCGAUAUCACCGCAGACGCAGCAGGAACAUCGGUGCAGACAGAAGACGACCUCCAGCCAUUAGACAUCGAUGUAAACCUGGUCACCAAUUUGCUCGAGUCCCUGUCCUCUCAGGCCGGUCUCGCCGGACCUGCUUCAAACCUGUUGCACAGCCUCGGCCUGCACCUGCCCCCUAACGCUGAUCCGUCCUGAGGACACGCUCUACUGAAGUGCCUCAAUAGCACUAACAUGGACAGAUAGAUAGAUAUUGCACACGCCUUUUUCCAAGGAAAUUCCAAAUGUGUGUUAAACACUGUAUAUUUGUGUUUUUUGGAUAAGAUGUUAAAUAAAAUCAGUUUUGUAAAGAAA